GCGCGUCCAAUUGCAUCUAUAGUCUACUCAUUUCCUUACCAAAAGACAGACCAAAACCAACAAAAAACACAAGUGAGAAACCAAAAGCAAAGCGUCAAGUCCCCACAAAAACAAGAUCAAGAAAAUCACACACACAACCACUACAAAAUGAUAGAAGAUCGCCGUGUCGGACCUCCCCAUGCCGCUAUCUUGGCGGUGGUGGUUGUGCUAGUAGUAGUGGUGCCGACAUUACUCGGUGACCAAGGUGAAGCCCUCACUGAGUUCAUCGCCGAGUUGCUCAGCCCAGUUGGGCUCCUCCUCCUCCCCAUAAUCCUCCUCCUCAUCAUCCAAUUCCUCUCCUCCGACAGCGGCUCAUUCGUCUCGAGCAUCUUCUCCACCGGAGAACCCAAUACCAUCCACCGAGUCAGUGGCUCGCCGGUCGGAGUUGCACUAGUUCUUGUACUCGUUUUGUUCCUCCUUUACAACCGUGUAUCCAUCUUUGGAGGUGAUGAUGAUUCAGGGGACUAGCUACCAUAUACAUACAAUAUACGUAUAAGUGGUGGUGAAAUUUGUAUUGUUUUAUGAUAUUUUGAUCUUGCUUAAAAGCCGUUUUCUUCGGUAAUAAUCUAUUCUUGCUUAUGAUUGAUUAUAAUUUUACGGUAUAUCUUUGAUGGGAUUUCUUCUUUUUCUUGGAUCUUUUGAUAAGUGUAGACGUAUAUAGAGACUGUACUGUUGUACCACACGUAAAGUGAGAUGUAUUGUUUAUGAACAUGGAGUAGACUACUUUUUGACAUA